GAGAGAGAGAGAGAAAGAAAAAAAGGGACAUCGACAUCGAUUUUUUUACACCCUUUUUAGUGCAUAUUUUGCGUUGCAAAUUAGCACACAAAGGAACGUGCAAAGCAAAAAGGAGCGACAAGUGUCGCCAAAGGAAGCACGCGAUUAGUUUAUUGAAUCGGACGGAGAGGAGAACAGGAGAAGCGACAAAAAGACGAACGCUCAAUGAGCGGAGGCGGCGAGGAACACAAGCAGCAGCAACAGAAGGCGCGGCAAGCAUCGACAUCGCCGUUGCCGUUGCCGUUGCCAGGCGUCUCAAGCGCGUCGACUUCAUCAGCAGCUGCUUCAGUUGCCAGUGGAGCGGGAGUGGGAGUGGGAGGCGGAGGACGUGCCACACCGGAAAUGAAACGCUCGGCGGUGCGUAGCCUCAUCCAGCGCUACUUUCAUCAGCUGCAGUCUGGCUGUGGUAAUGACCACUGUACCAAUGCCAAUUGCGCGUCCAGCGGCAAAGUGGCGCCCAUGACGCCCAACGAGGUGGCAGCUCGAGCACUUCAGCUCUUCUCACAGGAUGCACAAUUGUGCGAUGGUGCAACGCCCACACUGACGUCGGCGACGACAGUAAACAGUCCGCAACAGGAUGUGGACAUGCUGUCACCGAACGAUAGCAGCAGCAGCAGCAGUAGCAGCUCAACCAGCACCAUUACCUCCGCCAGCACCACCACAACCACCAGUACUCAAUCCCAAUCGAAUGCCAUUGAUCCCAGCAAGAUCCCGCUCAUCAGUUCGCUCAGCGAAAUGCUGCAACUAACAACACCUGCAUCAACAACAGCAACGGCAGCUGCAACUACAACGCCAGCAACAACAACAACAGCUUCUGGUGACUCUGCUGUCUGCACACCAACGCUGCCACCUGUGAAGUAUCUAGAUGCUGAAUCCUUAGAGGCACUCUAUGAUCAAUGUCUGGCUGCAGACAGUUACGAUAGACUCAAUCAGGCCAUAAGCGAUGUCUUCUCCAGCGUCGAUCGUUUGAGCAAGAGCUUUGUGUGUCGACCGGGACAGGAGCGUCAACAUCUGCCGCCCAAGGAGAUAAAUGCGCUGAACAAGGAGCAACUGCGUCAGCUAGAGGGUGAGCACGAUAAGGAUGAGGACAGCACACAGCGUACGGAAACGUUGCCCGAUCAGGAGGUGGUGCGAGAGGAAGGUGAACUGGACGAGGAGAGAAAUGUUGAUGCUGAUGCCGAGGAUGAUGACGAUGAGGAUGAGGACGAGCCAAUGGGACCGUCAAGGCAGGAGCAGCUAGAGGAGUUUCUAAAGAAGGGCACCAAGGUGGACUUUCGGGGAUUGCGACAUGUGAAGCGUCUGCUCUUCAGCUCCUCCUGCCAAAGCAUAUCCGAGAAACUGACCAGCAGUGUCAUCCAACUGACGGACAUUAUACGCUACCUGCGGCUCUACAGGCAGGACUCGUGGGAGCAGGUGCUGCACUGCCUCGUCAUCUGCUUUGACAUGGUCACGAACACUACGGCCAACAAUAGUGUCACGGACAUGGAGUAUGUGGACCGAGUGCUGCCCAAGCUUUGCCACGAGGCUGCCGCAAUGCCAGUGCGGGCACAGGCGCGUCUGGCGCACAUCUGGGCCGAAUACUGUCCGGAUCAGUUGCAGGUGCUCCUCUCCUCCUGCCAGCAGCAGAUAACGCUGCAGGUGCUUCUCGACGAGGAGUCUGUGCGCGAGAACGAGCAUAUCAUAAGCGUGACCAAAGUGCUGAAGAUUGUUUAUUAUGCCAACAUUCUGGCCAGCGUGCUGGAGCGUCCCUCAUGCCGACUGCCACUGCAGGAACAGGAUGAAAAUGAAGCAGCCGCUGCUGCAACCGAGGAGGCCGAAGAUCUGUUUGUUUACAACUCGAUGCAGCAACCGCAUAUGCCCAAAUUUGCUGAGGAUCCGCUGGAGAAAUGCUUGCAGGUGUCGUACAUUGACUGUCGCAAACCUCUCGUGCCUCUCGAGGAGUUUUACAACGAGGCACUCAGUGAGCACAUCCAAAUGCAUCAGGACUAUCUAUCCUACAAGACGCUGGCCAUGGAGAGCGAACUGGGCUCCAGUCAUACCAACUUUUUCUGCUUCAUGCUGUACGCCUUCAUCCUGACGCCGGCCACCAAGGUGGAUGCACUCUACUAUGACUGCCGAAUGCGCAUGUACAGCGAGCGUUAUUCCUCCCUCUACUCGAUACUCAACAACUUUGGCCAGGAUGGCCAAGAGGGAGCACGGCCUGAUCUCAAGCUGUCUGUGCGCCGAGAUCAACUGAUUAAUGAUGCACUCAUUGGUUUGGAACUCGUGGCAAUGAGCAAUCCAAAGGAUCUAAAGAAGCAGCUGGUGGUGGAGUUUGUGGGUGAACAAGGCAUCGAUGAAGGCGGCGUAUCCAAAGAGUUUUUUCAACUAAUCGUUGAGGAAAUAUUUAAUCCAGCUUUUGGCAUGUUUGUGCAGCAGGAGGAGACCAACAAUAUGUGGUUCAAUGCCACGCCCUUUGAGAAUGGCGCACAAUUCACACUGAUUGGCAUUAUCAUUGGUUUGGCCAUCUACAACAAUGUCAUCCUGGCUGUGAACUUUCCCAUGGUUGUCUAUCGCAAGCUAAUGGGCUAUCGAGGGACCUUCUAUGAUCUGAGCGAUUGGAGUCCAACGCUUUUCAAGAGCUUGCAGGCCAUGCUGGACUAUCAGGGCAUGGAUAUGGAGGAGGUAUUCGAGCAGACAUUCAAGAUCAGCUAUAGCAAUGUCUUUGGCGAGCUGGUGGAGCAUGAACUGGUACCACAUGGAAGCGAGGUGCUUGUGGGUCAGCACAAUAAGCGACACUUUGUGAAUUUGUACAGCGAUUUCCUGUUGAAUGUCAAUAUUCAGCAACAGUUUAAGGCCUUUCGCAAGGGAUUCGAAAUGGUCACUGAUGAGUCGCCGCUGAAGCUGCUCUUCAGGCCGGAGGAGAUCGAGAAAUUGGUCUGCGGUAGUCGCGAAUUUGAUUUCGUUGAGCUGGAGCACUCAACGGAAUACGAGGGCGGCUACACGGAGGAAACGCAAAUCGUACAGGAUUUCUGGAGCAUUGUACAUGCCAUGCCGCACGAGUCGAAGCGCAAACUGUUAGAAUUCACCACUGGCUCGGCCCGCGUCCCUGUGGGAGGAUUGAAGUGCUUGCGGCUGUUGAUCACACGUCAUGGACCGGACAGCGAUCGGUUGCCCACAUCGCACACGUGCUUCAAUGUCCUGCUGCUGCCGGAAUACAGCAGCAAGAAGAAGCUGGAAGAGCGUCUGCUUAAGGCAAUCAACUACUCCAAAGGCUUUGGCAUGCUGUAGUAGUCUCAAUUGACUGUCAAAGUUGUUGAUACACAUACCUCCAGCAUCGCAACUGAAACCACCUCCGAUUAAACUACGAUAAUGAUGAUGAUAAUGAUGAUGAUAAGUUAAUAAGUUGAUGAAUCUUAGUUUCUUUUUGAGUUUGUCGUUUAUUUUUGAUACAAUUUGUUCAACUCAGACAAUAUAUAUUUAUGUGUACAUGCUCAAUGUGUCGCGAUUAUAAGCUGGCAAAGCAAACUAAAUAAAUUCGCUAACUCUAUAUAUAUAAUUAACUAUAUAUAUACAUAAAUACUUAUAUUGUUUAUUACGACGCUCAGUUAUUUGUAUAUAUCAUAAAAUACACUAAUACGCAUACCCAUACACUCAUGUAAAAUUACAUAUAUGUAUUGUAGCACACAUUGAAAUUUUGCUGAAUAAAUUUUAAGUUGUGCGCCCAACAA